AUGGUGAGAACUGGACGAUUCCAUACAAACGUAAGUGAAGAACCAUUAGGUGAAUGUCUUUUAUCAGCUACUAAACUUGUUCGUGUUGGUACUGCUGAUCAAGAUGAAUCUUGCAAAAAAUUCAUGGAAGUUCUUAUUCCUGAAGUUUUUAAAAAAUUACAUUGUUCGUUUCAUGUUAAUCAUUGGUCAAAGGAAGUACAACUGGGCAUAUUUGAAAUGACAAAAUUACUAAUCGAUUUAAUUGCUGCUCGACUUGCAUAUACACCAGUACCUGUUCAAUUGCUUGCAACAUUGGCUGUAAUCUUCGAUCCAAAUUCUGUCUUUCACCGGAAACAUAAAAAUCAAUCGUUUCAAUCUUCUUUCUCUGAUGAACAAUUAAAUGAUCGUUUACUAUCGUGUCCUUCAUUUUUGUUGAUCACUUCGAGUGAUACACACGGUUGGCUUUGUCAAAUUAUUAAUCGAUUCGUCGAACAAAACGGAAUUCAAAAUUUGAAAGAACAAUUUGAAAAUCAUCAGUCAUUAACUGCUUUGGAAUUCAAUGCUCUACUAAGUCCAUUUGCCAAUUGUAUAAAUUAUAUUUUGAAAGGAAAAUAUCGACUGCUAUUCGGCAAAGACAUUGAUCGAAUAUUUAAUUAUAUUGAAAAUUUAGAAGAAAAAGAUUUUCAAAUUGAACUCGCUAAACUUAUUGAAAAUAAUACAUUAAUCCCACAUGAUGUACUCUUCGCAUAUAUAAGGGAAAAUUCAAUCCUAUGGAAAGCACUUGAAGGUUUUGUUGCACCACACUUUUUGAAAGAAGAUGUUGAAAAAUUAUGGAAAAUGCAGAAUGGUCACUCAUCCUUCAUCUUAGCUGCAGCAGCCAAAUUCAAUUUAGAACAGUUGAACAACUUAAUUGAUUGUAUCGAUGAAUCAUGGAAAAUACAAACGACGCCUAUACAUAUGGAGUCUAUCGUUUUGUUAGGUGAAAUUGGUCUUACAUGUGAAAAACAAUCGACUGCUCGAAUCUUACAAGUUUUAUGGGAUGCGACAAUUACAAACUGUUUGAGUUCAUCGAUGCUCGACUGUUUCCUUAGUAGUCACUAUCAAAUACUUAGCAUAGAGCGUCCGGAAUACGAAGAAUUCAGACAUGAUUACAGUCUCAAAUGCAUAGAACUUGUUCAGCGAAAAGAAUUUUGGCACGCACGCUCCGUCAAAUAUCUCAACGAAAUAUUAGGUCUUGAUUCACCAAAUAAUCAAAAACUUAUUAGUAUCUUAGUUAACAAAUAUGAUGUGAUCACUGUCAUGAUUGAAAAUCUUUCAAAUAUUCAACAGGAUAUGUGGAAUAAGACGCAAGGUAGUGUAAUGCCCGACACACUAGUUGAUGGACAUCUCUCACUCCAACAAUCGACGAAAAAUCAUCUUGAACUACUUUCAUUUCUAUUGAAAAGAGGCAAUCUUUAUCUGGUACUCAAACGUACCGAACAACUUUGGGAUAUCUUGAUAACCAAUGAACGAGCCACCACAUGCGAUCGUGAACUCGGUUUUAGCUGGUUUAUAGAUUGUGUGGGAGAUAUUAAUCGUGAAACGCAAAUUACUCUCUUUAAACAACGUAUCUCGAGACUCAAUCCAAUUUAUCUUUGUUCUGAAGGUAAUGCCUGCUUCAGACUAUAUUCCCAAAGAUGCAAUGGGUUACGAGAUUUAGUCUUAAAUUCGAGCACAUCAUCGCUCCAACCAAUUAUAAGCAGAGAUUUAAACGCAUUGAUUCGCAUUUAUCAAGGUGAUAUAACAGCCGAACAGAGCGAUGUUAUCGUUGUAUGCUCAUUAUCAACGACUUUGCAUGAAAGUGUUUUGAAAAUCGGUGGAGAUUUGAUAAAGAAUUCAUUUGCAACUGAAUACAAAAAUAAUCCAACUGCUCCUAUCAUUGCUAUUGCAGCUAGUGGACAGCUAGUAGCGAAAACAGUUUACUUUCUUCCAUGGAAACCUAAUACAGAUGUCAUUAAAUGCUGUGAAUCAAUUAGAAAAUUCGUCUCAAAUGCAAUGGAAAAAGCAGCAAGUGAAAACUAUAAAAGUAUUGCAUUUCCAUCUAUUGGCUCCGGUCGAUAUAAAUGUUCAAUCAGUCUUGUUGCUUGGACACUUGCUGAUGAAGUUUAUCGUCAACUAACUUCAGAGAUAAAAUCUUUAGCAGUGACCAUUGGAAAAGGAACGAUUGAAGUUCAAAUAGGUGAUAUAACAACGCAAAAAGUUGAUGUUAUUAUUGGAAACUCAUCGUCAGAUAUUUUAAAGAAAGAAAUAAUGAAUGCGGCUGGUAAUGAUAUUGAAAUAGCGUAUGCAAAAGAAUAUGAAAAUAAUCAAAAAUCACUCCUACUCUCAAUUCCAUCUGGUAAACUGCCAUGUAAACAAAUAUUUUUUAUCAAAUGGAAUCCAGAUAAAAAUAAAGAUGUCCUUCGACAAUCAAUCGUUGAUUUUAUAUCGAAUGUUAUUCAGAAUGUUAUUUUGUAUGAAUUUACUUCAGUUGCAUUUCCAGCUAUUGGAUGCGGACAGUACGGCUGUCUUACAAAUAUUGUAGUUAAGACGAUGGUUAAAGAAAUUAAGCAUCAACUUGCAAUGAGAAAUAUACCAUUAAUAGUGAAGUUUGUUAUUCAACCUACACAACAAACUAUUUUUGAUCAAUUUUGUAAUCAAAUCUUGUCAUCCCGAGAAGACUUUGGAACGUCAACCGAUUAUCAGCUACCUUCAACAUGGGAGCAAUCAACGGGAAAUAAAUUACGAUUUGUCGUAUCAAGCAAUAGUGCUGAAUAUAAAUCGAUUAUCGCUGAUUUCGAUCAGACAAUGAAUGGAAAAUAUACUACAAUAAUACAAAUCGAACGAAUUCAAAAUGAACGAUGGUAUGUACAAUAUGUAGCACAUAGUAAAGAAUUUCGACAACGGCUCCAUACAGAUACUGAAAAGUGUUUAUAUCAUGGUUGUCCUCAACAGAUAGCAGACUUAAUUAUUGAAAACUGUUUUAAUCGAAGUUUUGCUGGAAAACAUGGUACAAAAUACGGUGUCGGUGUUUACUUUUCAUCAUAUGCCUCUUAUAGCCAUAGUUAUACUGAUCCGAAUUCGAAUGCAGACCGAUGUAUGUUCAUGGCUCGUGUGCUCAUUGGAAAAGCAACUCAAGGAAAUACUUCAAUAAAGAGUCCACCUGUUGGAUUCGAUUCGACAACUGAUGGGAAACAUAUUUUCGUUAUCUAUCAUGAUGCACAAGCUUUUGCUGAAUACUUAAUCACCUACAAAUAG